ACAACAUCUCUCAAGGAACUCUAUGAAAGUAUUCAAUAUCACCAUUUGGAUCUAAUUUUCAUGGCUUCUUCUCUCAAAAUCACUAAACUCCCAUACAAGAGGCUUUCUCUAGAAGAUGAUGUCCUCGACGAAACAACAACAAGAUCUUCCUCAUCAUAUCCUUACAGGUUCAAGAGAUUGUUGUCACUGAGAGGAAGGAGGAGGAGGAUUAGGGUUAGAGUGAAGAUCCGGAGACUUAGGGGAUAUGUGAGGAAGAAAGCGAGCAAGGUUAAACUUGGAGUUUUGAAAAUAUUGAAGAGGUUGAAGGAGAGUCAAUCACACUUUGGUGAUCUCUUUGCUGGUAAUUACCUUUUCAUGCAAGUUAAUCCUUCUUCUCUUAACACUAAGUAUGUCUUCGACAAGUCUUUUCAAGUUCAAAAUGGUAUCUUACCCUCUAAACCAUCUCUUCCUAGAGUUCUUAUGUAAAGAAGAUGUAUGAAAGAAGAAAAAAAACAUUAAUUAUAUAUCCAUUUCGAGUUAAGAGUAUGGUUAUGCUAUGAGUCAUGACUUAUGAUUCUUCUACUUUUCUGAAUACAUUUUGUUAUGUGUCUGGUUUGUAACUAUUUCAACGAUAAUGUUAAAAAAUUACUUAUAACCUAG